UAACAAAUCCCUGACUAGACCAGAUCCCAGAUGCACAAGAUUAGAUUCCCCUGUCUCACAUCAUCAUCACAUCAUCAUGAUCAUCAUCAUCAUUACAAGAAACAUCUUUGUACAAAAUAACUAACCUAAAGACAAGUAGAGGUUUCAAUGAACGAUCUUCCAGAGAAGAGAGGAAGGCCUAGUAAAAAAUUGAGAGUUAGUAGUGAUCAAAACAUGGAGAGGAUACUACACAAAGAAGUUGAGAAACAAAGGAGACUAGAAAUGGCUUCUCUUUACGCGUCUCUCCGCUCUCGUCUCCCUCUUGAGUUCAUCCAGGGAAAGCGUUCGACGUCAGAUCAAGUGAACGGGGCAGUGAAUUACAUAGAGUACUUGCAGAGGAAUAUCAAGGACAUGAGCUCCAAGAGAGAUGACCUCAUUUUAUUGUAUGGACGAAGCAUUGGGAGUAGUAAUGAACAAAGCUGGAAUGAGAUUUCGAAUCAUGUCGUGAUUCGUCCGUGUUUAGUCGGCGUAGAAAUCGUGUUUAGCAUUCUCCAAACGCCGUUCUCAAGCGUUCUGAAAGUGCUUCGUGAACGCGGUCUCUGUGUUCUUGGCUGCAUCUCCUCCAAUGUAAAUGAUAGACUCAUUCACACUUUACAGGCUGAGGUCAACGAUAUGGCUUUGAUCGACUUAGCAGACCUUAAGGUUGCACUUACCCUAAUGAAGUAAACGGGUUUUCAGUAGAUUCCAUCAUAUCAUAGCUUCUCAAAUAAAGAACAAUGUAAUAUGUAAAUGGUUUCUUAGUACUUGUCCUAUGUAUUUCUCUACUUUUAAAGAAUU